AUGGACUGGCGAGUGAGAGGCAUGACUACCAUCUCUAGAGGACAGCGUGCCAUGAGAAGUCUCCGAUUUCCGAUAUGGUCAAGGCGGGCCUUAGAGAAACCCUGUCUGUCUGGCCGCCAUGGUUACAGAUCGUCGACCUUGGGUGGAUCUGCAGGCGCCUGGGCAGCCAUCCUGCAGGGCAUCAUCGCAUCUCCUCUGUUGAGCUUGUUGUCGACCAGGGCUCACCACCACGACCACCACCAGCGCGAGAUGCCUUACACCGACCGCAGACUCUCCCUCUCUCCCUCAGCUACUACCUGCAAAAACUCGUUUCGACUUGCUCGCCUCUGCCCCGCACGGCUCCACAGCGGCCAAAUGUCGCCCAUGAACACCUACCUCCUUCUCACCCAGCUCGCCUUGGCAGACAGUGACAACCUCGCGCCACACAGCAAUGGACCGUCCACCAGGGCUGAAGGUGCAAAGGGGGCCAAAUGCUCAAGGAACACGCUCCCGAGCUUGCUGGUCGUCGCGGCCAUGUUUCAUGCACCAGGUCGUUUGGUAGUCGGGGCGCGCCUCAUUCGUUGCUCUGCUGCCAAAUCAUCAAACAACUGUCGAACAGACGAGGAGGCAUCAUGGUGCCAUUCGGCCUUCGCCGGGCGGGCGCUGCAAGGGCUGGCGGGCGGCGUCCUGUGUAGUGGAUGA